AUGUCAUACAGAGAGUGGUACGAAAAUUUGCUGGGCAAGUUUGGGUCGUUGAAUGAAUACAUCGACGACAUACACGCCAGACGCGUUGGUCGGGAUGCUAUUCUUGUGCAGGUCGGCCUCGAGAGGGAGGAAAAUCUCAAAAUGGAAGCGGUAUUAAAGUGGAUAUCUGCCCGGAUGGGUAUUAUUGGGCGAAGCAGGGUGCUGGAGCUCAAAUCUGCGUUGUUUACGGGGAUACUACCCAUUGCCCGGGCUGUUGACAUUAAACAUGAAGAAUAUGUCUUGCGUGCGACGAGAAUGGGCUUCCGGUCUUGGCUCGCGAGAGGAACAAUUGCAGCGUGCAGGAUGCCAAACUCAUUGAGCGGCUUGAGUCUGGACCGUUACAGAAAGGACAAGCCGUUCUUGAGACGCCCGAUUUAG